CCGCUGGUUUUACGAGUGUGUUGUAUAGUGAGUUUAGCGAUAUUUUUUGUCUUAAUGGAAAAAUAUACUUUGUUUGUUUAGAAUUUUUCCAAGAUAAUAUCUCUUUUCGCAUUAAGAGAAUCAUUAAGUAAGUAAAACUUAGUAUCAUUUUAUUUCGCUUGUUGACUAUGCAUUCGCCGUUAUCGUCGGAUGAUGAGCCUGAAACGAAGAAAAAACACGAAGAAAUAUUCGAUAAUGAUGCCUCUUUAGAUGAUGGCGAAAUACCAUCAUCAUCACCGCCGGGAUUACAAUUGAAAAUAUCGAAACAAAAUUCGCCAGAAGUGAAAUCUGAAGGUGAAAUUCCUCAAUCCGAUAUUGAUGAGGGUGAUAGUGGCUGUGAUGAUUCAAUCAUUCAACAAAACAAAUCGAGUACAAAUUUUAAUUACGGCGACAAAUCGGAUGAUGAUGGAUCGAACCAUCGUGAACCAUUGAAUCGAACAACGUCUCAUAAUAAUAUUUAUGACCAUACACUAACUCGAUCAUCAUCAUUAACUAAUCAAGAUUUGUAUAAUAAUAUAGGUAAAAAUAACAGUGAUUCCAAUUUAUUAACGAAAAAUUUUGCCGAUGAAAUGGAUGCCAUCAGUGAUGAAGAUGAUGUUGAGGAAAUUAAAGUUGCUGAAAAAAGAGAUAAUUAUGAUGAAGAAGAAGUCGAAGACAUUUCCGAUGGGGAACUCAAAGAUGAUGAUGAUGAUCGAGGUGUGUUAAAUGAGCAGAAAAAUAAUGUUUCAAAUUCAGCCGAAAUCGAAGAAGGCGAAUUGGAAGAUGAUUAUGUUGAUGAACGUCAUUGUAUGUCUAAUCAUAAUGAUCGACCUUUGUUAUCGAUUCGAUCUUCAAAACAGAUUCAUUAUGAUUCAACUACAAACAGAAAUGUUCAUUCGUAUGAUUCAUUGAAACAACAUGCGUCACAUCCGAAUUUUUCUGAAAGUUCCAAUUCUCAACGUUUGGGACCGAUUCAAACCCAAUCAUCUAAUCAUCAAAAAAUUUAUCAGAGACAGUCAUCAUCUUCAUCUGUUCAUUCAGGUUCAACAACUUUUAGACCACAUCCUGAUACAAAUGAUUCUGAAAAACAACAGAUUGACAAUUCCUCCCGAUCAUCUAAUAUGAUUGAAGCGGAAGAAAUCUCUCCAGAUACCUCACCGAUUCCUGAUGGCAAUAAGGAUAAAAACAGUGAGAAUUUUGAAGAUGAAAAUUCUUUUGAUAACGCUGACCUAAAAUCGAAAAGUCAUACAAAUUCUCAUGGCAUAAAUGUCAUUGAAGAAUUGACGGAAAGAAUUUCUGAUUCUGAUUCUAUCGAUGAUGUUGUUCAGGAUUCUUUCGCUAAAAAAGAGACAAUCGUUCCUGAUACUAUUGAUCCUGUUGGUAAUCAAGAAAUAAUGCCAAGUCAUGAAGUUGAAAUUCUACCGGAUGCAAUGGAAGAGGAAAGUCUUCCAUCAUUCAAAAGUGACCUUGAUCUAGAUUCAUCCGAUUCCAAUGAUCAUUUUAGUAAGCGUACAACACCAUUGCAUAACCGUUCGUUAGAGCGUUCACGUAAUCCUUCACCGCCUGCAUUAUCAUCAAGUCGAUCGCGUUCUUCAUCACGAAUGGUAUCUUCUACGAUUGCCGAUAAUCGUGUGACACCCACACAUGAUGAAAUUUCAUCAUCCGACGAACUAGAACAUGAUGAUCAACGUCAUCCUCGAUAUGAAUCUCAUUCAAGUGAAAACAAUUAUUCGUCUUAUAAACGGAGAAAACAAAAUUCCGAUAAUUAUGAUGAGGAAGAAGCUGAUUUAAAUAUUUCUACUACAUCCCCGCCCUCGAUAUCUUUGUUAUCCAAAGUUGCACAUUCAUCGAUAGCCUCCAAACAAUCCUGUUCUGAUACUUUGAUCCGUUCCGGUUCAUAUAAUCGCUCUGAUUCGUCGAAUGAUGAUAAUCCGAAAAAAUCAGCAACCAUUUAUCGAUAUCGAUCAAGAUCAAAAACUCCACCACAUUUACCUCCGUUGCCUGGUCUUCUUCCUCUCCCUAAUCCUCAUCAUUCUUCAUCAUCUUCAAAAAUCCGUUCAACAAUCGAACAUACAUCAAGUAAAAAUCAUCGCACAACAACGUAUGAGCUAUCAUCGAAUUCAUAUGCGAAAGAUUCUUAUUUCACACAUGGAACAAGUAGUCGUUCAAUUCGUGAUGGCCACCGUGAACGACAAUUGUCUAGAUCAAGGUCUCGAUCACCGAUCUAUGAUAGUAAAUCAUCUUCGUCCUCUAUUCGUCAUUAUCAAAAAUCAUCACAGCAUAGAGAUCGUGAUCGUUCAUCUCAGUCAUAUACUCCUCCUGAUUUAUCCGUAAAAUCUUCAUCAUCAACGGCAGCAAUGCGAAGACUUCCUCGUUCACCUUCGGGUAGUAAUCAUCAGUCAUCAUCAUCGGGUCGAUCUCAUUAUCAUCAUUCAAAUUAUCCUGGAAUGUCUACGUAUUCAUCAUCGCAUCAUCAUUCUUCAUCUGCAUAUCGUUCUCCAUCGCCUGUGGAAAGAUCAUCAAAAACAUCUAAAUAUGAUCGUCGUAUUUCACCUCAGCCCCGCGAUCGAUAUGAUCGUUCUUCAAGUAGAGAUUAUAGAACUUUAUCUCCAUCAUCACAGAAUCGAUCUUCAUCGUAUCGAGAUUAUCGAGAAAAAGAUCGUCGUGAUUAUCGAGAAAGAGAUUACCAUCACCAUCAUAGGUCUUCAGAUCGAGAUUAUCACCAUCAUCAUAAAUCUUCUGAAAAUGAGCGAGAUCAUCGUUCAGAGCGAGAUUAUUACCGUUCAACCUCUGAACGUCAACAUAGCCCUUAUUCUUCAUCGAAUACACGAGAUAGAAAUCGAUCGCCAGCAGAUUCUCGCUCGAAAAGUCGAUCACCUCCAUUUUCUAUGGGAUCAUUAUCUGGUUCUAGUUAUUUGAGGCGUACUAGGAUGAAUAUUAUGUCUGGUGGUGAACGAGAUCGUUCAUCUAGAUCACGAUCCCCAAGGUCUCCAUCUUAUGAUUAUAAAAAUUACAAAACCGCAUCAUCAGUUUCGAAAUCAAAUAUUUUGUUGAACGAAACGAAAUUUUCAUCCAAUUCUUUAGCCGCCGAAUUGGCUAACAAAAUCAAAAUGAAAAAACUUCAACAGCCAUCCCGUUCCUCAGGAAACACAUCGAAUGUUGGAACACCAUUAAUGAAUGAUUCAUCAAAUUCACUAACACCAAUACCUACAUCCAGUGGGACACCGGACCAUUCACAAUCUUUGGAACAUCAAACAUCAACAACAACUACAACAUUCACGCCAAGCAUGCAAAAUGGAAGUUUCCAAACAAUUCGACAACAGCCGCUACAAGCAUCAUCUAUUUCAGCCACUGGUAUACCUGCUGCUACGCAUCUGUCCAAAUUACCAUUGCCACAAGUUGCAGAUUUAAAAAUUAGUAGUUCGCCAACUAAGUUAAUUAUAGCCGACAAUAAUAGUAUAGAAAGGAUUCAACCGAUUCAUCAUCCUCAAUUUCCAUCCAGUACAAUUACUUUGAACAUAAAUGGUCAAUUGAAGACAUUACCACGUCCUAAAGUAAUUGGCAAAUCUGUUGGAUUGGUAAAUCCAAAUAAGCAAGCAUCGGCACGUGAUAUUAAACCUCGUUCAGUCGAUGUUUUUCAAAUAAUCUCUCAAAUUGGCGAAGGUACCUAUGGUCAAGUAUAUAAAGCAAGAGAUACGGAUAAAUGUAUUGUGGCUUUGAAAAAAGUUCGACUUGAAAAUGAAAAAGAGGGAUUCCCUAUUACAGCUGUCCGUGAGAUAAAAAUUCUUCGACAAUUAAACCAUGAGAAUAUUGUCAAUCUAAAAGAAAUUGUCACAGAUAAAGAAGAUGCUUUGGAAUUCAAACGUGACAAAGGUGCUUUUUAUUUAGUCUUCGAAUAUAUGGACCACGAUUUGAUGGGUUUAUUAGACAGUGGUCUGGUUGUUUUUACUGAGGCUAAUAUUGCUCAUGUAAUGAAACAAUUACUUGAUGGACUCAGCUAUUGUCAUCGAAAUAAUUUCCUUCAUCGUGAUAUCAAAUGUUCGAAUAUAUUAAUGAACAACCGUGGCCAGAUAAAAUUAGCAGAUUUCGGUCUAGCACGAUUGUUUUCAGCAGAGGAUAAAACUCGUCCUUAUACAAACAAAGUCAUUACAUUGUGGUAUCGACCACCCGAACUAUUACUUGGCGAAGAGCGAUAUGGACCGGCCAUUGAUGUGUGGAGUUGCGGUUGUAUUCUGGGCGAAAUGUUUCGUGGCAAAACUAUAUUUCAGGCUAAUUCAGAAUUGCUUCAAUUAGAAGCAAUAAGUAAAUACUGCGGUACACCUACGCCAGCGAAUUGGCCAUCCGUGAUAAACUUGCCUUAUUGGUCAUCUUUUCGACCAAAAGUCACCUACCCUCGUGUUUUAAGAGAAAAAUUUGCAAUGAUGCCACGGGCUGCACUUGAUCUUUUAGACGCUAUGCUUUGUUUGGAUCCAUCUAAACGUAUUACUUCCGAGCAAGCAUUGAAUUGUGAAUGGCUUACUAAUCAAUUCAAUAUGGUACCGCCAAUGCUGCCGAAAGAUCAAGAUUGUCAUGAAAUGUGGCUGAAACAACGUCGGAAAAAAAUGGCUCAAGCACAAGGAUAUAGCGAAGAGAUUGAACGAAUGUUCACUAUCAUACAACGGCAUUCACAACGCAUCGUACAUCCAAAUCUGACGAUGCAGCAAUCCUUGCAUCAUUUACAAUCCAUUCUAAAUCUAAAGGAUGCUGAAGUAAACCACCCCGAAGUAAUGAGACAUCUUGAAAGUAUCAUUUCCAGUCUAUCAUCAACAGUACGAAUGUCAUCGACUGCAUCAAUAGGUCAUGAUGACUACGAACGGUCGCGAAUACAACAGAAUCAUCAUGCUAUUCGUCAUUCGUUAUCCCAGUUAUUUCAAACUGUGCCACAUUUGAUGAUGUCGAUGCUGCCAUCAACGAAUUCAGCGCCUAACCCAAACAACGUUCCAUCUUCUUCAGCAAUGCCUUGUUAAUUGGAUGAAUGAUCAACUAACAUAAAUACUUUUUUUAUGAUACACGAGUGAUUUUCAUCAGUGAUUCUCGUAAUUGAUUUAAUUGAUUCUUGGCCAUAAUUAUUAUCUUUAUCGUCAUCUCUUGAUCAAUAUGUGUACGUCAUCGCCUGUAUAAAUUAUAAUAUUAUACCGAUUUACUCCUUGCAUUGACAUUUCGAUGACGAAACCUGGUGAUUAAAUUGGACAUUGUAAAUACGAUCAUCAUUAAAAUAUUUAGAUAAAAUUUAGUAUCCAAUUUUCCAUUCAAAUACAUCUCAAAACAUCGAUUCUAUCCAAUUGUUUCACCCGAAUUUUUGGAUCCUGACUGAUAUAUGAGCUUCAUUUUAUUC